AUGACAAGUCUUCGUAUACUAGGAGUUCAUGAUGUCACUGCCACUUGUAAGGAGCUAUCGUUAGAUUGUUUUGGCAGACUAGACAGCCUCACUUUGGCGUGGAAAACAGAGGAGGAUAGUGCAAUACCCAGCUCAAUUUUCUCCACUAGUCAACACAAGAAUAACCUCCAAGUUCUUUAUUUGCGUGGCCCAUUGGAAGGGCUGCCAGAUGUUAUUUGCAUGCCUGCAAGCCUCACCGAGUUGACCUUAGAAUCAACAAGGCUUCAAGAAGAUCCCCUAUUGAUGUUAGGGAAGCUAGGUAACCUUCAGGUUCUUAGGUUAAGGCAUGAUGUUUUUGUUGGAAAGGAGAUGGUGUGGAAGAUAGAGGAUGAAGCCAUACCUAAGCUUAGAGAACUGGAAAUAGAGGCAUGUGGUCUGGUGAUGCUUCCCCAAGACCUUCAAAAGGUUACUACUCUACAAGAGUUGAAAGUAGUGCAUAUCCAUAGAGACUUCUGCCAAAGGUUUAGAACCAAUGAUGGUGAGGACUGGCAAAAAAUAAGGCACAUACCUUCAGUCAUUUUGUAUCAUGACUCAUGA